AUGUCCAUGAAGAGCGAGUCUCUGUUACCAUAUUACACAGCCCAGAGUGGCUCUGGAGUUGGCAUGUUCAACACCGCCAUGGGGAAAUUACAACGGCAGCUGCACAAGGGAGAGUAUGACAUAUUCAAGUACGCGCCGAUAUUUGAGAGUGACUUCAUCCAGAUCACCAAACGCGGAGAAGUGAUCGACGUGCACAACCGUGUCCGAAUGGUGACCGUGGGCAUCGCGUGCACCAGUCCCAUCCUUCCGCUCCCCGAUGUCAUGCUGCUGGCCCGACCAGCACCAUGCGAUGAGAUUCCCGGACGUGGCCAGCCCAACACCAUCAAGGGCAAAAAACGCAAGGCUGGGAAGACCCUGGAGCUCACGAGGCUCCUUCCUUUGAAGUUUGUAAAGAUUUCAGUUCACAAACGUGAUAAACAGCAGCUGCGUCUCAAGUUCGCUACCGGCCGUUCUUGCUACCUGCAGUUGUGCCCCCCUCCCGAAAGCAAGGAUGAUCUCUUUUCCUACUGGGAAAAAUUGAUUUACCUCCUGAGACCGCCUGUGGACAGUAACAGCAGCACCUACGCCAUCCCAGCAGGGGACAUGAUGAGCAUGCCUUUUCUGGAUGAGGAGCACAAGACAAGUCAACCGAAGAAAGACCCCCGGAAAAAAAGUGAGCCGGACCAGGUCAGCGUCAAAAGCCUCCCUGUGGCCACAGAUUUGAGUGCGAUCAGCGCCUCUGCUUUCGCUGGUGGGGAGGGAACCCUUCACGACUCUCACAUAUCCACUGUCGUGUCCAGGGUACCCACGCCCCAAAUAAGCCCAAAAGUCUUUGCCAGAGAGCCAGCCACAGGGGUAAUAGUGGGUGACUUAGUGGACUCAUUGAGCUUGGUACCAAGCAGGCCUGAAGGCUCCGGACAGAUAAACGCAGCUACAGCAGGGGACACCGUCACAGGAGCAAGAGGAAGCAGAAGCCAUUUGACCAUCUCAAGCUCUGGCAAGAUGUCACCAAAGAACAUGAAGCUCGCCUUGGCAGGGGUGACAAGCAAGUCCUUGGAGUACAUUCCCAAUGCGUCCGCCGGCCUGUCCCGGAAAGAGAUUGUGACUAUAACAAAUCCAAGGAUCGAGACUACAGGAAAGUCUGUUGGAGAAACAGAAGAUGACCCAGUCCCAGUAGUCCUCGCCUUGACCAUGCCAAGCGAGAGCCAUUCAAGCGAAGUGACUGGACGUCGGAAAUCCUACGCGGCCAGCACCAAAGCCCAAAAGGAAAGGAGGUCGAGAAGGGAGCAGAGAGCGAAGGAAAGAGCUGGCAGCACGAAGGAGAGGGCGAGCAGCAGGAACGAGCACCGCCACAGGGCAGGAGAAGGUCGCAAGACAGCAGGGGACAAGGAGUUUCGAAAAUCAGCCAGCCACAGAUGCAUUGGCGAUGACAAGAAAGACAAAGGCAGCAAACGCAGCAGCAGGUCGCACAAAGGGGUCAGCCACGUCCCCAUCACGAAGGAGUCCCGGAGCUCCCACAAACUGAGCCGCACCAUCUCCACCUCCAGCUCUGCCUCUACGAGCAAGAGGGUGGGCAGAAUCAGCUUGUUCCUGAGAAACAUCAGAGCCAACUUGGCUGCCAAAGGCCUGGCACCGCGUGGCCAAGAUGUGGGCAUCAUGACUAAGACAUUAGAGACAACCGACGUGAAGGCCAUCAUGGAGGGGGACAGCGGCCAGGGCCUGGAAAUCAUCGAUUCUGUGACAUCCGAGGUCAUGGAGACAGUGACCUUUGAAGCUCAUUAA